AUGAAUUAAGUAUAGACUGCUGAAAACCUUAAUUUAAACGAAUAAGAACUACUUUUAUUAUCAAAGUCAUAUAGAAGCUGCCCUUAACAUCCUAAGAAUUGGAUUGUUUCUCUAAGUACAAACCCUAACUCUAUUCAAUUUCUCUAAUGUGCCAGAUGCCUAUCUUAAAAUCCUAAUUAGAGUACUCUAGAUCUUUUUAGUCUUAUUGAAGAAAAUGAAAAAACUCUCUUUCAUAAUUGGCCUGUAUAAGGUGACAACUAACUUUAGUAGAAUCUUUAAAUGAUAUUUUAAGGUGAUUUCUCUGUAGAAGGCUUAUAAUAGAAGAUUAUUUCAUAUUUCUAAGAUUUAAGAAAAUCAAUCGAACAAAGAAUCAAUGAAAAAGAAUAAUAAAUGCUUCAGUAAGCUAAGUCUCUAUGGAAUAUAGGUGAGUAGGUUAUCACUUAAUACAACUAAUUUGCUGAAAAAGAUAACUUGAAGAAAAUUAUUACAUAGCUAAAUGGUGAUUUCAACAAAUAAAAUUUACUUCUGAAAGAAACAAUUUGCAGAAUUUUUAAUAAUCAAAAUAAUUAUAAGCAAAUUUUGUAAGAAACAGUUAAUCGUUUUAAAAAUUUGAAAUCUUUAAUUAACUUUGAUACAGCUUAGGAAAUCAAUUAGAAUAUUUUACAACUUUUAGAUUCAAUUGAUAUGUUUGUAAUCAAAAAUUUCUAAGACAUCAAAGUAAACACAUAUUCCUAAAAUUAAGAUUUUAAAUUUGAUAAUUUGAAUAAUGUGAAAGUUGAAGACAUAACAACGAGUCAGUUAAUAGUAAAAUUAAUAAGCAACAAGCUAAAUUACUGCUCUGAAGAAUUACUUGCAAAACUCUAGGAAAUAAUAAAAAAAGUAUCCCUUGUAAUCGACUAACAUGAUGUAAAAGAUUAUCUGAAUGAAGACUUAAUUAAAAUAGCUUUUUAAAAAUUAGAAAGCAAUUAGAUAUUACCAUUUAUUAAUAAUAUUGAUUUUUCAAAUUAUUUAUUACCUGGUAAAUAAUCUAUAACUGGUGAGUAGCUAACUGAACAGUAAAUCAUAGAAAUAUCAAAUUUAACAAAAAGAAUAGAAACAAAUAAUAUGAUGAAUAAUUAAAAUGAAAUAUAAUAAUAAUAAUAAGAAUAAUAACUUAACUAAGAUAUCAAAAAUCUAAUUUCAUUAAUCGAAAAUAAAACAAACUUUUGUAGUGCUUAGUUUAUUUAAAAUGCGAAAGAAGUUACAAAUAAUAACAAAUAAAUAAUAAAAAAUUUAUUCUUGAAUGAAAACAUUUUCUAAAAUGGUCAUAAUACAAAUAUAAAUUUCUCUAAGUUUAAUGAAAAUCAACUAAAUAACUUACAAAAAUUAGCAGAUAAAAUUUCAGAGCUUUCUUUAAAGUUUGGAGAUAAUUAUUACAACAGUUAAUUUCCUAUGAAUGAAUAAUAAAAUUAUUCUUAACUAGUAUCACAUUUACUUGGUAUAAACAAAAUUAUGGAUAAAUUAUUAGUUGACUUUCCAAUUCUAGAAACUUAAUAAUUUACUUCUUUAAAAUUAAAUAUUGAUUUUUUAAAAACAGAUAGAGAAGAAAGCUAAAAAUUAAUUUUAGAAAAAAAUGAAAAAAAUAAUAAUUAUAUAGUCAAAUAACCUUAGAAACUAUAUGGUUAAAUUAUGACAAAAUAUAAGUUGGAACCUAAUUUAAACUAUAUAUUUAGAUGCAAACUUAACAAAUAUUUAAACUGUGGUGGUAUUUGUUUUGGAAUUAUGAAAACAGAAAGUAAAAAUAAUAGUUCAUUAGACAAGUAAGACUGUUGUUUUUUUUCAGGUAGUAGUAAACAUGGAUUAAAUAAAAUUAUAAAAGGAAAGAAUUUAUAUGAAGUAAGAGAUUAGAUUAAUUUUGUUGAGAUAAGAGUAAAUGUAUAGACAAGAAAAGUGCUAUUUAUGGAUUAUCCUCAUUACAAAAAUAUUAAUUAAAUGAAUGAAGAAAAUAUGUUAGUAAAUACAGAUUAUAGUUUUGGAGUAUAUUUUAAUGCCCCAGGCGAUGACUAUGAAGUAGAAAUAGAAACUCAAAUUGUAGAUGAUUAAAGUUUAAAUUAUUAUUUAUGA